AUGCACCUCUAAGACACAAAUCUUCCUUCUUCAUCUUCUUCUCUCUCUCUUUAUCAUCAAUAUUAAGAUUCUUGAGCUCUUUGAUGGAGAAGGAAGAAUGUAGCAGUAGUGAAUCCGGUUGGACGACUUACAUUUCAUCCCCCAUUAAAGUAGACGAAGAGGACGUCGUGGAUGAGGGCUAUUAUGAAGGCUAUAACAUCUAUAACUAUUAUAGAAAAGGCGAAAAUGAAGAAGAGAAGAAUAAAGAUAGCGAUGAUUCAAUGACCUCAGAUGCUUCGUCUGGACCAAGUUAUCAGCGGCAUCACCAAAAGAACAACAAAAGUGGACGAAGAGAAGCGUGCAAUUUGAAGAACGGGAAAAGUGAAGGAAAUAGUAAGAGUAAUGAUGAUCAUAAGAAAGCUGGUUGUUCAUACAAGAAGAAAGAGAAGAAAACGAAAGUAGAUAAGACUACCUAUAGAAUGAAGUGAUUAAUCUACGAAGGUUCAUUCUUUUCUUUCUUUUGGUCAAACGAAGGUUCAUUCUUUUAUUAUGUGCUUUGUUUUAUUCAGGAAGUGUUUUGAUUGAUGUAUAUAAUUAUUUACUUUGUUAUAUUCUGUAGUAGCUGUAGUCACUUAUUCUUAAAUUUGUGAAUCGAUAUUUCUGAGAGAGGGAAACUAGAUGAUGAUGUCUAAUUAAAUGUUGUCGUAAAUUAUACGUACAAUAUAUGAAAAGGGAAGAGAAACGCAUCUGUACUCGAAAACAGUUUUCAAUAAUUGCAUAUAUA